UGACGGCAGUCGGUCUUUGGUCGGCCACAAGAAUAGUCGUCCUCGAGGUCCCGGUUGUUUUCUUAAAGCCUCUCAAGACAGAGACGGACCGAGGGCUAUUAACCGGCCGCGUCCCCGCAUUAAGGGUGACAUCCCUUUGAAACGGACCUCUUGUACAUACUCCGACCGUGUCCUUGACGUCGACGCGAUCGUAGAAAGUAACCAACGUUUGCCGGAUCGCGAGUAAACGUAUCGAUGUAUAAAAUAAACAGCUAAAAAACAGUGUGCGCGGUGCGUUUUUCCUUAAAUUCGUGUAUUUUCUUUUUUUACGAAUAAUUCAAGAUUUCUUUUUUUUUUUUUUUUAAUCGCCUCAGCGCCGUAACGCCAAGUAUGUUUUUCGCAGAUUUGUCUUUGCUAGUUUCUUUCUCGCUUCUUCCUUUUUUUUUCUUUUUUUUCACUUUUCAAAUUUAUCGAAGAUUUCUUCGAGUUUUAGAGUUUUAACAAAAUAGUCGUUCGAUUGUUUUUUUUUUUUUUUUUCUUUUCUUUUCUUAUCCAACCGUCUCUCUGCUCGUUAAAUUUUCUUUCACUUUUUUUUUGCCAUCCUACACCGAAAGCGAUCGGCGGUGAAAAUUUUAUACACGCGGCGAGAACGAGCGAUGCCGUUCACGUUUAACAGUACAAUCAAACUACGCGCGUCACCUGUAACCUUUGGUGUUUUGUUUUUCACCGUUUUACACGCUAAUAAACGUUAAACGUACCAUCCGCGUUUACCGCUCGUGUCUUGGUUUUAACGAAACCUGUCCUGCGCGCGUGACGUUCACGAUAAAUAAACCCGGGAAACACGUGGAGUUGCCUCUGUGACAAACGACAGGCCGUCGUUUUGAACACUCCCGCGCAAAUAAUAUACCAGGUUAAAUCAGUGUCACCUCCAACCUGUCGUAAUAAUCGUCCGAGAAAGUUCGACCGGUCGUGAUUCCCGUUUCGUUCAUUAUUACAUCCUCCACGAUCCGCGUCUGUGUAAAAUAAUCGUCGAGUUUCCAGGAGACAUGCGAAAAAAGAAACACGUCAACGCGCGGUAAGAGAUCUCUGGUGAAACAUCGAUACACGGUGUGAACGAAACGCGUUGCGGAGUAAAGAAAAAAACAAAAAAAAAAAGAAAAAAAAGCAAAAGUGUCCCGAGUGAUUUCGCCUAUGUGUACACGAGGUUUGUACGAAACGUUCGGAAUCGCGGUGGAAGAAGAAUAAGAGAAAAGAAAGAAGGAGAAAAAAAAAAAAGUGCAUCGUGUGUGAUGGAAAAUUUGAUUUAGGUACUCGAACGUUGCGGUUCGGUUUUCAAUUGCAGUGUUUGUUUGUUCCUCGAAUCGUAUCGUGGAGAAAGUGUUGAAGAUAUUUCAUCGACUUGUAAAGUAACGAGGAAAAAUAAAAAAUAAAAAAAUAAAAAAAAAAAAAAAAACCAUCCCCCACCCCCCUGGGUGAUAAGAAGGUCGAGGGAACUUUCGUAAAAGCGCAAGGAUCGCAAGGGAAGAGGCCGAUCGAUACCCUCGAUCGCGAGGUGCGGGAAGCGCAGUUUUCAUCGAUCGUAGCCUCGAAUUCUUCAGGGUGGUUCGAGGGGGGUCGGGAGGCGCGGACGCCCUGGCGACGGCCGGGGUGGCGUACCCGCCCGCGACGGCGACCCUUUUUCCUGCGCGAGUACCUCCACAUACCGAGUUUACCACGUUGGAGCUGGGUUUCUCAUCGCGAGGGACCUCCGCCUCUAUGGCGUUGGUCGCCCCGCCGCCCUCGUGGGCCUCGCGGGAUCCCGGGGCCUCUAUAGGCGGGGGGCCCCUGCAGGUGGGGCCCCCCCCGCCGAUGCCGCCAACGCACCUGACCCCGUCCGCAACCCCGGAGGACAUAACGGCCCUCGUUCCCGUCGGUAGCGUUCUCACCCCCAGGGAUCCACUGCCGCCCAGCACCACCCCCGGAAGUCAGGCGAACAGCUCGCAGUCCGGAAGCUCGCAGACCGACAAAUCGCCGAAUAUAGAGUGCGUCGUUUGCGGGGACAAGAGCAGCGGCAAACAUUACGGACAAUUCACCUGCGAGGGAUGUAAGAGCUUUUUCAAGAGGAGCGUCAGGAGAAACUUGACAUACUCCUGUCGGGGGGCACGCAACUGUCCCAUAGACCAACACCACCGUAACCAGUGCCAGUUCUGUCGUCUCAAGAAGUGCCUGAAGAUGGGCAUGCGGCGGGAAGGUAUGCAUUCUGUCCAACGGGGACGCGUUCCAGCGUCGCAACCCUCGCUCUCGGGUAUCCCGGGUCAAUUUACCUUGACGAACGGCGACACAGUGGCUUGCGCUGGUCUGAACGGACACUCGUACCUCUCCUCGUACAUAAGCCUCCUCCUCAGGGCCGAGCCUUACCCAACGUCGAGGUACGGCCAGUGUAUGCAGCCGAACAACAUCAUGGGUAUCGAUAACAUCUGCGAGUUGGCGGCUCGGCUCCUCUUCUCCGCGGUCGAGUGGGCCAGGAACAUCCCCUUCUUCCCCGACCUCCAGGUCACGGACCAGGUCGCCCUCCUGAGGCUAGUUUGGAGCGAGUUGUUCGUCCUGAACGCUAGCCAGUGCUCGAUGCCGCUCCACGUGGCACCGCUGCUGGCGGCCGCGGGUCUCCACGCUUCCCCCAUGGCAGCGGACCGGGUAGUCGCCUUCAUGGACCACAUACGAAUAUUCCAAGAGCAAGUGGAGAAGCUGAAAGCCCUCCACGUCGACUCCGCGGAGUACAGCUGUCUCAAGGCCAUCGUGCUCUUCACAACAGACGCAUGCGGUCUGUCGGACGUCGGGCACAUCGAGUCCCUUCAGGAGAAGUCGCAGUGCGCCCUGGAGGAGUACUGCAGGACGCAAUACCCGAACCAGCCGACGAGGUUCGGCAAACUCUUGCUGCGACUCCCGUCCCUGAGGACAGUGUCGUCGCAGGUUAUCGAGCAGCUGUUCUUCGUCCGGCUGGUCGGAAAGACGCCAAUCGAGACCCUUAUCCGAGACAUGCUCCUCUCCGGAAGCAGCUUCAGCUGGCCCUACAUGCCCUCGAUGUGACACUCCGUCUGGCGGCAGCUAGCUUCCGCGUAAUACCUCGCAAGGUGAACGGUUUAUUCGGCAUGGAAUAAGAGUAGUGGUACAAUUGACAGAUCUGGACAGUGACGCGAGGCUAAGUUCCGUUCGUUCUGCGGUUGGCAGAGUUCAGUAUGUGUAUAAAACAAAAAACAAAAAACAAAAAAAAAAAAAAAGAAAACAAAAAAAAAAUAACAAUAAUGAAAAACCCCAGCCCACCCUAAAGUAAUCCGUUUUCACCUAGGCUUCUAAUUUUCUCUCCAAAACAUCAUCAUCGUCAUCUCUUUCACCGAUCGUCGAGGAUUGAGGAAUGAGCGCGAAAAUUCAAUGUCACAUAGAACGAAAACUCUUCCAGCUGAGCUGUGAAACGACCAUUGUACGUUGUAAUAUGAUAAUAAAGUGCAAAACGACGCCGUCGGAUCCUAAUCAAAAUGUUUCACACAGAGUUGAAAUACUUGCCGUUGAAACAAGGAUAUGGAAUCACGGAUAUCCGCAACGAAAUUAUUUACACUGUAAAUGAAAAAAAAAAAAAAAAAAAAAAAAACGGUGGGUAUGACGAUUCGCGAUUACCAAAUUUACGGACACUUGUACCUAUAUAGGCACUAAUUAUAUAUACUAAACAGUCUGCGUACUGACCGCGCCUAGAGUUAGGAAGAUAGUUGAAAAAUUAUGCAAUUUAUAAUAUUGCGCAGGAUAUAUUGGAACGCGUUUGUAAAUAUGAAGAUGAGAGGUCGAAGCGCUGUGAAGAUUAAUUAUCGUACUUACUGUGGAUCAACAAUUUCAGAAACCAAUUGACAAUUGUUUACCACAUCUUUUGAAUUCACUUGGCGUACAGUCCUCUCUCGUUAUAUGACCGAUCACGGGGCUGCAGAGGAAUUAUAAAGAUAUCGGAGAUCGAAUCUUCGCACUAUUGAUCAGCGUUAUCGCGAGAAAGGACUGUAGAAUAAUUUUAGUCAUUUAAUGACGCGCUCCAAGUUGUUUAGUUUUCGAAUUCGAAUUUUUGUAUUCGUAGUAAUUGAAAUUGGUAUCAGAAUCCAAUAUAACCUGUUCUCAAGUUAUACCGCUUAUCUUUUGCUGUCUUAUGCGAUUUUUCGUUGUUUUUGGUUGUUUUAUUAUCUCAUUUGUUAUCAAUUCACUCUAAUCCUUCCAUCUGAUCGAGACUUAAUCACUCCUAUUAUAACAAUUCAAAAAACCACUUAAACAUUCAUUUAUCAGUUACAUCGAUUUGAGGAAGUGUACUAAAAUCAAACGAUGCGUGAACUCCUUGAAAUAAAAUUCGUAUACCCUAGAUGUGAAAAAUAUAGCAUCCCUCGGACAAUUUUCGAAAAAUUAAAAAAGUUUACAUUUGAUGACAUUUUAAGUUUUUCGAUCCUCCAAAAAACGUGAUCAGUAUACCAAAUUUGCAAAAAAAAAAUUCGAAUCCGUUCUCUUCCUGCACUACAAUUCUACAUUUUGGUUCACCGAUUACUGGUUAAAAGUAAAUAUAAAUAUUGGAUGGUACAACAUCUUUGACUGAAGAAAUCUAGUAAAUUUCACGAUUUAUUUCAAUAAGUUCAAAAAUAUAGAUACUAUUCAUUGUUUGAAGGACAAUAGAUCAUCUCAACAUGUGUAUAUAAUCCACCGUGAUUCAACGCAAUUAAUUGAUUCCUCUGAUCCAUUCAUUAUUCGUUUAUUCAUUCGCUCAUUCAUUCACUCAUUCGUUCAUUCAUUCGCCAAUUCAAUCAUUCAUUCAUUCAUUCUCUAACCAAGAAAAAUCGAAUCGCCGGACUGAUGGUUCAACCCCGAAAGCAAGAAGUUCAGGAAUUCAUAUGACACUGUAAAGUUACAAACCGCCAAAAACAUUCGUCAAUGAGCCUGAGCUUUUCGCGUGGGAUGUU